UACAGCUAGAUAAAGCAGAAACCAACUCCUUCCAGUUUGCGGACUUCUUGUUCAUAGAACGUUAUCUUUCGUUUGAGUGUUCCACAUCAGUCUCAUUCUCUAUGGCUCCCUGGCAAAAAACUGGCAAGGAGAGAUACGGAGUUGCAAUUUGUAACUUCAAGAGCAAUACAUCUCCACACAUUUCACUCCAGAUUGGAGAUGUGGUUCAUAUAUCGGAGUCUUGUGAAGAAUGGUACAAAGGAUAUCUGGUAAAGCAAAGGUCAAAUGAGGGAAUAUUUCCCAAAGCAUUCAUCCAUAUCAAGGAAGUUACAAUUCAAAAGAAAAGACAUACAGAGAAUAUAGUGCCCGCUGAAAUCCCAUUGGUGCAAGAACUUACAACUACAUUACGGGAAUGGGGCAAUAUUUGGAAACAACUGUAUACGACAAGCAAAACACAAAAAUUUCAACAAGUACAAUCCAUGAUGUACGACUUAAUGGAGUGGCGAUCACAACUGCUAUCUGGUACCUUGCCAAAAGAUGAACUGAAGGAACUCAAACAGAAAGUGACAUCCAGAAUCGACUAUGGCAAUAAAAUACUUGAGCUUGACUUAAUUGUAAGAGAUGAAGAUGGCAAUAUUAUGGAUCCUGACAAAACUAGCGUGAUUAGUUUGUUUCAUGCACACAAAGAAGCAACUGAAAAAAUUACAGAACGUAUCAAAGAAGAAAUGUCAAAGGCACAGAAUGACUUUACUAUGCAUGGACGAAUAACCUCUUCACCAACACACGGCCUCUAUGUCUUUGUGAGAAAUUUUGUAUGCAGAAUAGGAGAAGAUGCUGAACUUUUUAUGUCAUUGUAUGAUCCUGUGAAACAAACCAUCAUAAGUGAGAAUUAUUUGGUAAGGUGGGGAAGCAAAGGCUUCCCAAAAGAAAUAGACAUGCUGAACAAUUUGAAAGUGGUUUUCACGGAUCUUGGAAACAAAGAUCUGAAUCGAGAAAAAAUGUAUUUGGUCUGCCAGAUAGUAAGGAUUGGACGCAUGGACCUGAAAGAAAACAACCUGAAAAAGUGCACUCAAGGUUUAAGAAGACCUUUUGGAGUUGCAGUGAUGGACAUCACAGAUGUGAUUAAAGGAAAAGUGGAAAGUGAUGAAGAAAAGCAACAUUUCAUACCCUUUCAUCCAGUUGUAGCUGAAAAUGAUUUUCUACACAGUCUUCUAAAUAAAGUUACGGCACUAAAAGCAGACAGCGGUGGACAAGGUCUUUGGGUAACAGUAAAAAUGCUUGUUGGCGAUUCUGUGCAAAUUCGAAAAGAUUACCCUCAUCUCGUAGACAGAACUACAGUGAUUGCAAGAAAACUAGGAUUUCCUGAAAUAAUUAUGCCAGGUGAUGUACGGAAUGACAUUUACAUUACAUUGUUAAAUGGUGACUUUGACCGAGCCACACAAAGGAAUGUGGAAGUUAUUAUGUGUGUUUGUGAUGAGCAAGGAAAAGUUAUGCAAAAUGCGAUUUGCAUGGGAGCUGGAGACAAACCAGUGAGUGAAUAUAGAUCAGUACUCUACUAUCAGAUUAAGCAGCCCCGAUGGAUGGAAACCAUAAAGGUGGCAGUUCCAAUUGAAGAAAUGCAGCGGAUUCAUCUCCGGUUCAUGUUUAGACACAGGUCAUCUCAGGAAUCUAAAGACAAAGGAGAACGGAACUUUGCCAUGGCAUAUGUAAAGCUCAUGAAGGAUGAUGGUACAACACUUCAGGAUGGCUGUCAUGAUUUAGUGGUGUUAAAGGGAGACAGCAAGAAAAUGGAGGAUGCCAGCUCUUAUUUAUCUCACCCAUCUACCCGACAACAAAUGGACUUCAAGUCAUCAUCAUUCAGCAGAAACAGCAGCAGUUCUGGAGGGCUUUCAAUUAGUUCACGUGAUGCAUUUUGUAUAUCUACCCUUGUGUGUUCCACAAAACUGACCCAGAAUGUGGGUUUGCUUGGCCUGUUGAAGUGGAGGAUGAAGCCUGAACUCCUGCAGGAAAACCUGGAAAAGUUAAAAAUUGUGGAUGGAGAAGAAGUUGUAAAAUUUCUUCAAGACACCCUUGAUGCUCUUUUUAACAUAAUGAUGGAACACUCUCAUUCAAACAAGUAUGACAUUCUUGUUUUUGAUGCACUGAUUUACAUAAUUGGACUCAUUGCAGACAGGAAGUUUCAGCAUUUUAACACAGUGUUAGAAGCCUACAUAAAGCAACAUUUCAGUGCGACCCUUGCCUACAAGAAACUAAUGACUGUUUUGAAGAAAUAUUUAGAUAUUUCCAGCAGAGGUGAGCAGUGUGAGCAAAUUCUAAGAACUUUGAAGGCCUUGGAAUACGUAUUCAAGUUCAUUGUGCGGUCGAGGACAUUAUUUUCACAGCUGUAUGAAGGCAAAGAACAGACAGAGUUUGAGGAGUCCAUGAGGAAACUUUUUGAAUCCAUAAAUAAUCUUAUGAAGAGUGAACACAAAACUACGAUCUUGCAUCAGGUUGCUGCUUUGAAAUAUCUACCUUCAGUUCUUCAUGAUGUGGAGACCGUGUUUGAUGCCAGGCUUCUUAGCCAACUUCUCUAUGAAUUCUAUACGUGCAUACCUCCUGAGAAACUGCAGCAACAAAAAGUGCAAUCAAUGAAUGAGAUUGUUCGAAGCAACUUGUUUAAGAAACAAGAAUGUCGUGACAUUUUGCUACACAUGAUAACCAAAGAGCUGAAAGGAUGGUUAGAAUAUGGAAGACCAGAAUUAUCUCAAAUAAAAGAGAAGAAAUAUUGUGUGGAUUUACUUAACAGCAUUCUUGAAGUGCUUAGCAAUCAAGAUGUGAUUUCUACAUACCAUCACAUUCAAGAAAUAACGGUGCAGCUUCUGAGGACAGUUAACCGAACGGUCAUAAUGAUGGAACGAGAUCAAGAAUUAACUAGCCAUUUUGUGGCAUGCAUGACAGCGAUCUUGAGCCAAAUGGAUGAUCAGCAUUAUACAAUAUACAUUGACACAUUCCAAUCAAGCUCAGAUUUAGUAGACUUUCUGAUGGAAACAUUUAUAAUGUUUAAGGAUCUCAUUGGAAAAAAUGUUUAUCCUUCUGACUGGAUGACCAUGAGCAUGGUGCAAAAUAGGGUAUUUUUGAGAGCCAUCAACAAAUUUGCUGGGACAAUGAAUCAGAAAUUUCUUGAAAAUAUGAAUUUCGAAGUACAGCUCUGGAAUAAUUAUUUUCACUUGGCAGUGGCUUUCAUUACCCAGGACUCUCUGCAGCUUGAAAAUUUCUCUCAUGAUAAACGAAAUGAAAUUCUAGACAAGUAUGGAGACAUGAGAUGCCAUAUUGGCUUUGCAAUUCGUGAUAUGUGGUACAAGCUUGGCCAGAAUAAAAUUUGUUUUAUUCCUGGAAUGGUUGGACCAAUUCUAGAGAUGACACUUAUACCAGAAGUUGAAUUACGUAAAUCCACCAUCCCUAUUUUCUUUGAUAUGAUGCUGUGUGAAUACCAACACAAUGGAGACUUCAGAAAGUUUGAAAAUGAAAUUAUACUGAAAUUGGACCAUGAAGUUGAAGGUGGGCGUGGUGACUGGCAGUAUAUGCAGUUGUUUGAAUCAAUACUGCUGGAAUAUUCAACAAAGCAUCUGUAUAUUGCUAAGGCAGUCGAAAGCUUUGUGACUCUGAUAAAAGGCUUGUUGGAAAGGUUAUUGGAUUAUAGAGCAAUGGUGACAGAUGAGAGCAAAGACAACCGAAUGAGCUGCACAGUAAACCUAUUGAAUUUUUACAAAGAUAUUAACCGUGAAGCAAUGUAUAUUAGAUACUUAUACAAACUGAGAGAUUUCCAUCUGGAUUGUGAGAAUUACACUGAAGCGGCUUACACCCUUUUGCUCCAUACACGGCUUCUCAAAUGGUCAGAUGAGCAAUGCUCCUCUCAGGUUAUGCAGACAGAGUUCCAGAGUUCACAAACUCACCGGCAUCUGAAAGAGUGCUUGUAUGGAACCAUUAUUGGCUAUUUUGACAAAGGAAAGAUGUGGGAAGAAGCAAUAUCCCUCUGCAAACAGUUGGCAGAUCAGUAUGAAAUGGAAAUUUUUGACUACGAACUUCUAAGUCAAUGCCUGACUCAACAGGCAAAAUUCUAUGAAAACAUAAUGAAAAUUCUCCGUCCCAAGCCUGAUUACUUUGCAGUUGGAUACUACGGCCAGGGAUUUCCUACUUUUCUCAGGAACAAAGUGUUUAUCUAUCGUGGCAAAGAAUAUGAGAGGAGAGAAGAUUUCCUGGCCCAGCUGAUGAGCCAGUUCCCCUUUUCAGAGAAACUGAACACCACCUCAUCCCCAGGAGAGAACAUAAAAAAUUAUCAUGGGCAAUAUAUCCAGUGUUUUACUGUGCAGCCUGUGUUGGAAGAGCAACCCCGGUUUAAAAACAAACCUGUACCAGAUCAGAUCAUAAACUUUUACAAGUCGAAUUACGUGCAAAGAUUUCAGUAUUCAAGACCUGUAAUGAAGGGGUCCAUUGAUCGUGAAAAUGAAUUUGCUUCAAUGUGGAUUGAAAGGACAACAUUCAUCACAGCUUACAGGUUACCUGGGAUUUUGCGGUGGUUUGAGGUUACCUCUAUGCAACAUGCGAUUAUUAGUCCGCUGGAAAAUGCAAUCGAAACCAUGUCUGCCACAAAUGAAAAGAUCCUUGGGCUUAUAAAUCAAUACCAGAGUGAUGAAAAUCUUCCAAUCAAUCCACUGUCAAUGUGCUUGAAUGGGAUUGUUGACCCAGCAGUGAUGGGAGGAUUUGCCAAAUAUGAAAAGGCUUUCUUCACUGAAGAGUACAUGCAUGAUCAUCCUGACGAUUAUGAGAAGCUGAACAGACUAAAGGAUCUUAUUGCCUGGCAGAUACCUUUACUUGGUGCUGGUAUCCGUAUUCAUGAGAAAAGAGUCACUGAUGAUCUACGCCCUUUCCAUGACAGGAUGGAAGAGUGCUUUAAGAGCCUGAGAGCCAAGGUGGAAAAGCAGUAUGGUGUACGGGAAUUGCCUGACUUCGAUGAUGGAAGAGUUGGACGGCCAAGAUCCAUGUUGAGAUCUUAUCGACAGAUGUCUAUAAUUUCAAUGUCUUCAAUUGGAUCUGACUGUUGCACCCCUAAUAAAUCUGUAACUGAAAGCACCUUUGAACUUGAUGUGCCAACACCCAAAGUCAAACAUCAAGAUACAGAAGUAUCUUCCUUCCAAGUAAAUACUGAGGCUGACGUUAAGUUAAGAAGAUCCAAAAAGAAAACAAAAAGAAGUAGUGUGGUAUUUGCUGAUGAGAAAACACCUCCUGAAUCAUCUCUGUCAGAUUCCAAACGCCUUUCAAGAAAGCAAGAAUUUAUGAGUGACACCAAUCUUUCGGACCACAUGGCAGCUCCUCAGGUGUCAUCUGUUCUCAAGCAAAUGAGCUUUGCAAGUCGCUCAAUGCCAACUAUUCCAGCAUUAACCUUAUCAGUUGCCAAUGGGCCUCCAUCUGAGGACCAGAAUCAGUCUCAUAGACUGAGUCAACAAAGCAUUCCUUCUUUUGAGGGAGAAAAAAAAACUUUGAAGAAAAGUAAAGUGAACCAGUUCUUUAAAACAAUGCGUACCUAUAAGACUCCCGAUGAAGUGAAACAGUCAGCUGAUCAGCAAGCCGAGCAAUUUCCAAUGGAAAUGUAAUUCUAUUGUGUUUUCUUUUUGUGAAAAUACAUACUCCAAAAAGAAUACCAUUUACUUUAAGGUUUUGCACGUCCAGGCAACUUUGUUUAUAUAGUAUGACAAAAAAAAGUUUUGUAUUGAAACAUUACAUUUCUUUAGUAAAACAGAUAUUUUUUUACUCAACUCUUAAAACACAGAGAUCAUUGAAGUCAUCACAGGUCUGUUUGAGCUUCACCCAUUCUAGAACACUUUUAUUAUCUACCAUGUCUAACUUAACCCCUCUUACAUUCACCAUCACUCCAACAUUGGUUAUAGAAGAGGUUAUAGAAAAACAAGUUAAUACAUCUGAAUGCCAAUCGUUCCUCAAAUGAUCACAAAGCAACUAUAAAUUGCAUUCCCAUCUCAUGCAGCAUUGUGCAGACGUAUGCAUGGAUAACAAAACAAAUCAGGGAGAGAUGUGUAGGGAGGUGUAGGGAGGGCUGCAAUACUCUAUACAAUACAGAUUCCAGGUUUUUACCAGGUUUAUAUAUGUGCUAUAUUAAGCCAUUAGGACAUUUUGGAAAAUAAUUAAGCAGAAGGAUUUUUUUAUGGA